AAUUCCGUUUGCUGCCGGAUGAUGAGCACAAAGAAAGGCGGGACAUUACUGUCGUUAUAUUUAUUGUUUGUGUGACUGGAGUCGCUUAUCGAACUGUUGCAAAAAAUAUUUAAUUAAAUAUUUUUCAAAUAUACAUUCCUGUAUCGUAUGCAGGUGGAAUUUAAAAUACAAAUUUCAAACUUUGGUUUAGUUUCAAAGAGAUAUCGGUUAAACAGGCUAACAGUUUCAUUGAGAAACAUCCCUGGAUCUGUUGACAGCCAAGUCUAUAGCUUGGUUUGUUAUUAAACUAUGGCAAUUGCACACGUUGCCACGGAAUAUGUUUUUUCAGAUUUUUUGCUCAAAGAACCAUCGGAGACAAAGUACAAAGGAGUGCGUCUAGAUUUGGCUGUGGAUAAAAUAGUCACGUUUAUUGCGGUCGGGUUGCCUUUGUUGCUUAUUUCUCUCGCGUUUGCUCAGGAGGUGUCAGUAGGAACACAGAUCACCUGCUUCUCUCCCACCAACUUCUCCUGGCGCCAGGCGGCCUAUGUGGACUCCUUCUGCUGGGCAGCUGUGCAGCGGCAGGACCUGUCCGGCGAUGAGAACGACCACGCUCCGCUCUGGCUGCACAAGUUCUUCCCUUACAUCCUUCUGCUGGUGGCCAUCCUCAUGUACAUCCCUGCCUUGUUCUGGCGUUUCACCGCCGCACCUCAUCUCUUCUCUGACCUGACCUUCAUCAUGGAGGAGCUGGACCGCUCUUACAACCGAGCCAUAAAGCUGGCCAAGAGCCUGGCGUCCAACCUGGACACCAGUGAUGCCCCUGCAGACUCCCAAAGCAGUGUCUUGGACCUGGCAGAAGGGUGCUUCAAGUACCCCUUAGUGGAGCAGUACCUCAAGACCAAGAGGGGCUCCCGAGGCCUUGUCAUCAAGUAUCUCAUCUGUCGAAGUCUGACUCUGGUCACCCUCCUGCUCGCCUGCCUUUACCUGGGCUACUACAUCAACCUGGCAUCCGUCACGGACGAAUUCACCUGCAACAUUCGCACGGGCAUCCUCCAUAACAUGACGUCCAUCCCUGCCGCCAUGCAGUGCAAGCUGGUGGCCGUGGGCGUCUUCCAGCUGCUCAGCUACAUCAACCUGGUGGUCUACGCCCUGCUGGCGCCUGUCAUCGCGUACACUGCCCUCGUACCCGUGAGGCAGAGCACCGCCUUCCUCAGACCCUACGAGGCGCUGCCGACGUUCAGUAUCCUGGACCUGACCACCUCCCUCUACGAUGACCUCAGCAUCUACCUCCUCUUCCUGGAAGAGAAUCUGAGCGAACUGAAGUCCUACAGGUGCCUGCAGGUGCUGCAGCUGAUCCAGGAGAGCGGAGGUGAGGCCCUGGACACCAUGUGCCUGCUUCGCACUCUGGGCCAGGUCAAGACGGAUGUUGUGGAUGGGAAGACUGGGGCCUCACUGAAAGCAGAAGCCGGGGAGCAGGACAGCUCCAUGGAGCUAAAAGACGUCUCCACCCUUUUACUGGAGGAUGGAAAAAACAAAGGCGGGAAAUGCUGUGACGAGAAGGCGGUGCGCCAAAGAGUGAUCUAACUGUCCCCGGGUUACGCCAGUUGCCAUGACGACAUGACAGGCUGAACUCCACAUCAGAUGAAAGAUGGUUUGUGUGGGAAGUUGCUGAUCCAGGAUGGGAGACAUUAGAGGACAUUUGUAGUUGAACCUCUACUGUUUUCUUUAAGCAAUAAUGGGCUUAAAUGCUGCAGCCUCAUGGAAGUGUAUCACCACUGUAUCCACCAUUCUCUAUAUAUGGCAUAAUUAUGCUUUUAUUAAUGCCAGUCCUUACAUUUUUCAAGGGUGAUAUUAGGCAUAUUGUAUUUGCCUGUUUUUAGGAUGGGGGUGUUGCUGGAUAUUUAUUAGAAUUGGCAAGGGCAGGCGAGAGAUUUGAUGCAGUCUGUAGGGUGCCUGAAUCUCAAGCCAUAUGCCAGUCGCUGGUCCCUCCUAUGUGUUACCCUUUCUUCCUGCUUGAAUAAAGAAAAAAAAAAAAACAUGAAAGAAGGCCUGUCCACUCUCCUUUAAAAAAUUGGUGGACAAGGCCAAUAAAGAGUUUAAAAAGAGACCGGUUAAAUGCACUGAAGCCUAACAAUACAUAUAUUCUGUCUGUAAUUUCUGUCCAUAGUUUGUGCAAUUAAUUGUUUACAUGAAAGUGUUGAAUAUAUUUCAGAAACACUGGCUUGUAACUGAGCAUAGAUCUUAUAUUUAAAUUGUUAUUGACGAGGUUACCAGUAUUUUUGUUUUUAAAAUGCACUGCAGUAGUAUCUUACGGCAGCCACACAUUCAGGUGUUCACGGAACUGUCUUUGCAAGGUUAAAUGCAUUGGAAUCCAAGCCAUUUUCUUCCUCAUAAUAGCUUGGCACUUUUGCAUUACUGUAGUCCAUGCACGGUAUGUAUUUAUUGUGUCUUAGGAAAAUUCAUAGUCUGAAUUCUAUAAUUGUUUCAGAAAGCUGAAUGUUUACAUGUACAGCAUAGUGUUUUGUUUUUUGUAUUUAUUUUAUUAAAUGUUAUAGAAAACCUGCUGAAGAUUGUUAGUAAUUAGACUUUCCCUGUCCUUUUUUUGGUGGUAACCCAGGUAAUAGAAGUCUAUUUUUUGUUCAAUUAAACCCCGAGCUCUUUCAUAGAGAGAUAUUUAAAGAUACCCUCCACUCAAAAAAUUUCUUUUUUUAGAUGGUUAACUCCUCUUGGAAGCAUGAAUUUCACUAUACAGGUAGAUUUUUGUGCAGAACUUGUCACCAGAGCGCCUUUUCCACAUUCUUCACCUGUAGAGAGCAUCUCCAUACCUCCCUGAAAUCUGAGUUGGAAACGUGCACGUAUGAGCAAAAUUUGUGACGUCACAAAUAUUUCAAACCUAUCAAGCAAAGAUAUGCAAAGAUAUGCUAAUUCCAGGAGAGUGAUGUGGUAAACUGAAAGGCUGACUAGUUAGUGACACCGUUGGUGGAUUGAACAUGACAUUCCACUUGUUACCAAAGGAGCCCAUUCUUAAACAAAAACAGGUGGAAUUUGUUUUUUUUUAAAUCACGUGGUUGUAUCUGCCAGCAUAGAGGGAAUCCAUGUUCUUAGUGCACAUUUUACAGUUUAACUGCUUCCAGAAGUCAGUGGCUUUUUGCAAAAAAAUUGAUUUUUAAUCCAGAUGCUGUGCCUACUAUAUAUCCCAGAACCAAAGCAGCAAGCAUUGCCAAUUUGCAUAUUCAUAGAUUCGGGUAUUCUCAAUGAGGGUGAAAGUGUAGAGAUGAUUCUAUGCCAUUUUCAGCAGUUUUUUUAAUGAAAAAAAAAAACCCAUAUUAAACAAAUUAUUAUUCAAUAUAGAAUAUUUUUAACAUUUUAAAAUACAUCUGGAGGGGUACUUUAAAACAAUUAUUUUACUCCAUAUUUAGCUGGGCCCUGCUGUUUUUGAUAUUCUGAAAUAACUUCUUGGCUUGGGCCAGAAAUAAAUCUGAACCAAGGAAAUUUUUAAUUCAUCCAGCUUGCAACACACUUGGGUGUUAUAUGGUAUAUACCGUAAUGAAGUGCAAAAAAAUACUUACUAAAUACUGUUUGGUCACUGAAAAAGGUUAUGUCAAGUUGGUUGAACUAUUUAUUUUAAAGGAAAUAUGUUCAAUAAACCUUUUAAAUAUAGUGUUUGGAAAAAAAGGUUUGUAAAUUGUAAAAUUGUAUUUAUUAUUUCUGAAUUACAUGAGACAAACAUUUUCACUGCUAAAGGGCUGUUUGACUGUUUUAUACUUCAUUUUACAUUUUCACAGAUCAGGUCAAUUUUACCUGUAACAUAAUGGAUGUAAUAAUUUUCAACAUAGUUAAAAAUAUGUAGUCUACUUCCAAGGCCUGUUUCUAGAAAAACCAUGACCUCACAGAAAGUGAAAGUAAGAAUGUGUAUCUUGUAUAAACAAUGGAUGAGAACACAAACAUGCCUACUUGUAUUUUUAAAGAUAAAGGAAUAUUUUCUCUAUUGUGCCAUUGAUUAAAUAGCAUUUUCCUCACAAGGCUGGCUCUGCAUUCUAUCAUGGUUCAAAGAUAAUUACAAAAAAAACCAAAAUGUGCUCAAAAAGAUUUUGUGCUUAAAAACUCUUUUGUUUAAGCUACUUAAGUUACAAGAACAGUGAACCACUUGGGAAGAGAGAAUUGGAAAACUGCAUUAACACGUAUCUUACCCUCAGGAAUGCCGACUAGACUGAGAUUGUUCCUAUACUACAUUUCUUCCAAAUUAGCCAAAUUGUGUUCAAGGUUUACAAUUCAAGUAGACUGUUCUCCUAAUUCUCCUUGAGCAAAUGAGAGGCCCUUGGGCAUCCAUCUUCAAAUUGAUAGUCAUGGCCCUUCAUUCCUGUAAUUAUUAUUUGGCAUUUCAAGGUAUGUGUUGUUGUCUUUGUGUACUCUGCAACGUUUGCAAUUGUUAAUUAUAAUUAAUAAUUAUAAUUAAUAUUCCCAUGGUUCCCCUGAUGCUCCAGACUAUGUACUACUGAACAAGAUGAGGAAUGAAAAGGAACUGAUCAGGAAUGUUUCCCUCCUGUGUGACUGUUCCGGUUCUCAGUGGAACUCAUUCAAUCAAUAUUGUCAGGCGCUUGCAUAACAGCUAAUGGCACGGUGACAUUUCAGACUUGGGUUCAGUUUUGCUUCGUAAUGUAAUUAUAUAAUCGUGUCCCUAAACUGUGGGCAGUCAGUUAAAAACAAAGACUGGGAUUUGUGCUUUUGCCUGUAAUCUCUUUUAUGCUUUUUUACAUUUUAAUUGGCAACAUAUUCAUGAUGUUCCAGUUUUCCCCAAUUUUUAAAUACCUCAGUGCUUUAGGCUUAACGCUAUCUGAUUUGUAUGUUAAUGUUUCAAUAAUGAACAAUUGAAACAUUUUGAUCAUGUAUUUUGAGCAUGCUCAUCUGUAAGCAAACUAAGAUUUCCAUCACUCUGUACUAGCACUGGAAGGCUAAUGAUACAAAUUGUGGGUCUCUUCCCAGACACCCACCACUCGGGUGUGUAGAUAGUGCAGGCAGGGUAUAUUUCUGUAGAGCAAGGUCAUUCCACAAGGUCAUUCAGUAGGUCAUUCCACUUUUAGUAACAGCACAUAGUAUGUAUAUCAUAAUAUUAAUGUACUUAUUGUCCAUUUCAAAGUUCUGCAUGAAAAUAUGUUUUCGCAGGUUCAUAAUUAUAAUAGAAUGUCCCAUCUAUGUGAUGUAGUGUCUGUGGGUGUACUGACAAAAUGAUGUAUAUUUUUACAUGUAUGACUAUGGUUGCAUCAUAAAAUAAAGUAUGCAUUGCAUUGAU